UUCACUCCACCUUCGCUUUGCUUAGCUAAUUAAACACAGCUAGCAGCACGGCGGAGAGCCCGCUCGGUUCUCUAGCAUCUCCGGUGAAGCAAGCAAGCAAACAAGAGUAGAGAGUGAUGGCGUCCCCUCCCCGCAUGGCCGCCGCGCCCGCCAUCCUCCUCCUCUUCCUGCUCCUACUCGUCGCCACAGAGAUGGGGACGACGAAGACGGCGGAGGCCCGGACGUGCGAGUCGCAGAGCCACAAGUUCAAGGGCGCCUGCUUCAGCGACACCAACUGCGCCAGCGUGUGCCGCACCGAGAACUUCCCCCGCGGCCAGUGCAACACGCACCACGUCGAGCGCAAGUGCUACUGCGAGCGGGACUGCUGAGCUAAUUCCGUCAGCGGAUGGAUGCUUGUUCGUGUGUUAGGAUGACCAGAAAUAAAAGUUGUGUUGCCUCUUCAUCUGCAUGCAUGCGUGUAUUUAGGUGAAGAUCGGUCCGGGAUGCAUGUGGCUUCUCUGUGUUGUGUUGGAUUCAGUUAGUGUUGGCUUAUCCAGAAAUAUGAGAGGGAGGGAUGCCUGAGCUCUCUCAGCGAUUAGAGCUUCUCGGCCGUC